AUGCGGCCUCUUAACCUAUUCCUUCUGACCGUGUUCACCUGCGUCGUCUCCGGCGCUCCCCAAGCUGCGACGACAUGUGCAAUAACUCGAGCACGACCUCGCUGCGACUGCGUCUUACCAGUCAGCACUACAACGUCGGAGCGCGACUGCGGCGCCUGUACACUCAGGAAUCAUCCGAUCCGAUGCACCAUCCCUUGCCUCCAGCCUUUGACGACGGACGAUUCAUACACAACUACGGCCACUAUUUGUGCCACAUCGGCACCGACUCCCACUCCGUAUUGA